GAGUCUGUGUUGAGUGUCCCUGGGCUGAGGGCACAUUUCCUUCAGUGGCAUCACCUGGGCCUGGACCUCCUCCAGUGCCAUGCCCAGGAAAAGAGGCAACCAUCAAGAGCAUCUCAUGGGACAGAACAUGACCAGCAAUGUCAGCAGGCAAAACCAAGGUUUUGUUUAGCAAUGACCCUUUGAUGAAGUCAAAGAUUUACAAUCAGUCCAGUACAGAUUGGAGUACAGAUGGGAGAACACUCAGGGGGUACAGCCAAGGCCAUGAGGUCACAGCAGUCUCUGGGGUGACAGCAGGCUGAGGUGACAGCAGGCUCUGAGGUCACAGAGGUCCCAGAGCCCCGUGGUUGCACAGCACCACAAGGACCAAGCAGUCAGUCCCUGACCACGACUGUUGUGGCAGCAGCGGCGGCGGCAGCAGCGGUGCUGACAUUGGGACAGCGGUGUCAGGACAGUGGUGGCAGCAAGAGCUGCAGGACUGGCAGUGGGCAAGGCACCAUGGCCUUUGCUCUGCGCCUCUUCCUCCUGCUCCUCCUGGCAGUGGCCCUGCCUGACAGGGCUGCCCAGGCUGCUCCAUGGCGAGCACAGGGAGCAGAUUGGGAUGGUGACAUGGGGCAUCUGGAAGCCCCGGGACAUGACGGUUUGAGACCCAUGGAGAAUGCUGGAGCCAAGCCUCUUGGUGAAGGUGAUCUGGCUUCCCAACCCACAUCCAGGACUGAGGCUCUUGGAGAUGGUGAGGGUGUGUCUGCAGGGAGGACUUUCCAGGCUCCUGGGCUGGAUGCUGCACGCAAGCCCAGCUCCCGUCGCAGGGGUCCUCCAAGAGGAAAGAACAAAGCUACAGGACACCGGAAACCCCAUGAGCCAUCCAAUACCAUGCAGCAAAUGCUGAAGGAAAUGCUGCAGGGAGGACAAGAGAUGAACCCAAAGGCUGUGCUGAAGGCAGCGUUUCCCGGAGGAAGCAGUGGCUCAUGGGCAGCCUCUGCUGCAGGAAGGGAGGCCAUGCCAGGCACAGCCCCAGGAGAUUGGGAUCGUGACAUGGAGCAUCUGAAAGCCCUGGCACAUAAUGGUUUGAGAUCCAUGGAGAAUGCUGGAGGUCCUCCAAGAUGGAAGAACAAAGAGAUAGAAGACAAGAAUUCCCUGGAGGCAUCCCAACUUCUGGACAGGAUGCUGAGUGAUCUGGAGAGACGCCGUGUGCUGGAGCAGAUGUUUGUGCAGAUGAUGGCAUAUGCUAGAGGAAGGAAUGGCCCUGUGCCAGCUCCUGUUGCAGGAAAGGAGGAGAUGCCAGGCCCAGGCACAGGAGAUGCGCUUGGCAAGUCCAGUAUAAAUGCUGAGAAUCCACCGAGCACCCCAAGAGUGUUCUGCCCGCAGGAUGUGCGCAAGUCCUGCAUGAUAGGCACAGCAGUGACACUGUUCACAGUGCCACUUUCCAUGGUCCUGUGCUAUGUUGGAUUCCAGUGGUGGAAGGACAAGAAACGUCACCCUGCUGCAGCUCCAGCAUACCAGCCAAGAAGGUGUGAUUCUCCCUUGCCCCCAGGGAGCCCAGAGACUGCCUUGUUCGACAGCUCUCAGAUGUGGCCUCAGAUGCAGGAGUCGACCUGGAAAGCAGAGCACCAGCACUCCAUGCCUCCCCCACGGCCCCCCAGCCCGGCUGUGAAGAGGAAGCCCCCUGAGAUCCCCCCACCUCCUCCCCUCCCAAGCCGGCCACCCUGGUCCAGCUAGGACUGAAAGUGGGACAGCCAUGGCAGGGCUUGGGCCACCAGCAGCUUGGGGCAUCUGCUCUUGGCUUCAAAUAACACAUUACCUGUGGGUAACAGCCAGAGGCACUUUUCCUACUCUUUUACCUUCAGUGGGAAGGGCUGAAGAUUCUUCCCAUGCCCUGUCUUAUCCCUUUUGAUUUUCAUACAGCUGGGUGCUGGCUGAACCUUUACAAAGAACUUUAUUUAUUUACACUUCAUGUUUUACCCCACCUAUCAAGGAAAAAAAAAUAAAAAUAAAAGAUUUCUUCAGUUUAGA